AACUCUCAUUUCUUAGUGAAAGGUGCUUGCAAGACUGCGUAUUAAUUUUUCGUAAUUUUGUUCUCACUGCAACUCACUGUGUUGUUACGACCGAAUGACCGGUGUCAAUAACAUGACAACAUGUAGUGUGCUCCAAUAACCACGGAGCUGUGUGCUGUAAUGCCAGCUGUAAAUAUGUAAAUAAACCCGCUCCUCGACUUCAACCUCCCGACCUCAUCUCCUCAUCAGCAAGCAACUCUCGGUGACAGAGACGGGCGAAAGCGCAGUUCCGCUUAGUCAGCUUGGUGCGACGCCCCGGUAGCGCAGGCCAGCUACGCCGUUUGGUGGCGCUGCGGCAGCGUUCGGCAAGCGACCCCUUGAAGUGGCGCCCCGACUACAAACCACGAACUCCAGAACCAGAAUCCUAACGGUGUUGGGAGCACUCGCAUAUAAGUGUACUUGUCGCACGCGUUCGCGUUGGAGUCGGCGUUGUCGCACGUUUCGACGCCACAGUACCUACAGCUUCAGACGUGCAAGCGGCCACGGAACAUGACACGUCAAUCUUCACAUUUAUCUCCAAAGCUAUGCAGCUGUAUGCCUGGCUGCGCGACACACGAAUACCGCAGGUGUGCGUAUCUGACGUCGUAAAAAAAAAAUAAAAAGAAAAGCGCCGUAAAGUCAGCCCGUACCGUCGGCUUGACAAUAUCUCGCCGCACCUGUUGCCCCUGACGCUUCCUGCUCGAGGAAGGGCACAUCAAAAACCGCGCAUGUUGCCCUCUAUACGCUUCGAGGCCUCGUCUGACGAGCGCGGUCUCUGGUCGGUGGUUCGCUAUUUUCGCUGCUGCCAGAGGCAGCCUCUGCUAUAUAGUGCAUGUAUUUUCACUUCUGGACUGUCAUUUCAAUGGUAUCGAAAGAUGGUGCCUUGAAGGUAUUAAAAGUGCGGCGAUUACCCAUGGACGUCGUCGCUACACAAUGCGACAAGCCGCCGGGAAACCAGGCAGAGGCUCCAGCGGGCGACGAUCGCCGUCGGCCUUCGGUGAUGGCUGAGCAAUGGCGGCGUCGACGGCGGCGGCGUUGGCCGUGGACGAGCACCUCGUGCAACGAGGACUCCGACGGACGCCUGCACAUAUUCCUCGCCGAGCUGGCCGCCGCGCUGGGCGCCACCUCGUACGGCCUCUCCGUCGGGUACUCGUCCCCGGCGCUGCCGGACAUGCGGCAGCGGAUGCCCUUGACCGAGAGCCAGAGCAGCUGGUUCGGAUCGUUGCUCAACAUCGGCGCGCUCGUCGGAGGACUGCUUGGGGGACAGUCUAUCCGGUACCUAGGACGGCGGUACACCCUCCUGCUCUCCGCUGUCUUCCACAUAGCUGGAUGGAUCCUGAUAGCCACGGGCACUGCGGUCUGGAUGCUGUUGCUGGGCCGAACACUCACGGGACUAGCAACGGGUGUUGUUGCGCUAACCGUGCCCGUCUUUGUCUCCGAGGUGAGUCCCAAAGAGAUACGGGGUUUUCUGGACACCGUGUGCACGAUGGCGAUCACUUUCGGCAUCCUGAUGGCCUACGUCAUGGGGAAGUGGCUGCACUACGAUUUGUUGGCAGCAGCAAGCAUCUUCCCAGCUGUCGCCAUGGCCAUAGUCCUGCCCCUACUUGCCGGCUCACCCCGCUGGCUGCUGCAGGUGGGACGCCAGGAUUCGGCACUCAGGGCCCUCCAGUUCUAUCGCGGCCCGGACGUGGCCGUCGAGUUCGGAGCCAUGCACGAAGCUGUGACCGCCGACGCUGAUUCACCACUUACCCUGGUCGAACUGGCGAGGCCCUGGGUGUACAAGCCGUUUCUGUGCACGCUGUGCGCGUUCUUCUUGCAGCAGUUCUCCGGCAUCGUGGUCAUGCUCUUCUACACGCAUGACAUCUUCGCCACUGCCGGUACAGGCUUGUCGGCGGCGGACAGCACCAUCGUCGUGGGUGCCGUGCAGGUGGUGUGCGUAGGCCUCGCUACGCAGCUUACGGACCGCCUUGGCCGUCGGCCCCUCAUGCUCAUCUCACUAGCGGUGUCGGGAGUGAGCCUUGUCAUCCUGGGCUGCUUCUACCACUACAAGCGCACGCUCGGCCCCAGCUUCGUGCACUCUUACGGCUGGCUGCCGCUGUUCUCUCUGUGCCUCUACUUCCUGGGCUUCUCCGUGGGCCUGAGUCCGCUGCCAUCGAUUCUCAUGGGCGAGAUGCUACCCCUACGCCUCAAGGCUGUCGCCACCAGCUUCCUCAUAUCUUUCUACUUCUUCUGCGGUACGCUCAUCGCCAAGGAGUACAACGAUAUGCUGGCGUUGGUCGGCGAGGACGGAGUCUACUGGUUCUACGCGGGCUUCAUGGCCGUGGGCUUCGUAUUGACGGCAGCCUUCCUGCCGGAAACGAAAGGAAAGACCCUUGAAGAGAUUGAAGAGAUCUUCGGCUCCCGCCGGUCUCAACUCGAAGAGUCCGACGACUAGCGACUCGGUGAAUUGCGUCCUUCGAAUGCGUGCAGCAUGAGGACAAAACGACGAGGAGAAAUGUUGGGGCCGGACCUCGAGUUAUUUGUCCUGUUGUGUUUUGCACUACGACCGCAAAGUCAAUCAGACCAAUUCAUUCUAGUCGACAUUUCUUGUUCACGCCUCCCGAUGAAGCUUGUUCUCGCAAACAUUGUACAGGCGGCCACGCCUUUGAAAGUCUCAAGGCUUCUGCAGCAAGGUUCAAGGGCACGGACGCUGUUAUACUUACAGCAACAAUUGAUGCGGGUACGAGUGCUUUUGUGCUUCCUUUCACCACGGUAUCACCCGGACUGCUGGGAAAAGUUUUCACCCACGCCUGUAGCCUCCAGCUGAUGAACGCUCCAAUGGACACACUGCCUCCUUUUAUAUUGCAAACAGUGCGUGCGUGUUGAGUUUGUACAUUAUUUCGCAAUGUAACUUUACGCGUGUAGAGCGUGAACUUCGGUACUGCGAGCAACGCCGAGUUUUGCAUUGUCCAUGCUUCAUACAUUCCACGUUUUUGCUGAUGGUGCAGCCGGUGACUCCGCUACGGUUAUACUGCGGCGCUAGCUUUCUGCGGGGAGCUUCUGUAGUGAACGCCCUACGGUACAUACGGCAUAAAUACGUUGAUAAUUAGAAUAGUUUUAGAAUUUCCGUCCCAUAAGGCCCCCGCCCUGCUCGCUACCUUUAUUACCCUAUUUGCUUGUCUUUUGUACACAUUUUUUUUAUUAUUUUGUAAAACCGGCGGUUUGGGUCCCCAUACUUUAAGUGCUCAAAAUCUAAAUGUGCUUAGUCUUAGAAGUUGCAUGAAAAUGCGUUUCUUAUGUGAACUGACAGCAACUCAAGAUGCAUGAGACAUUUUUGUUUUUUUUAGUGAGAAGAAAGAUUCGUGACGGCUGCUGUUCAGUGAGAGCACAUUGUGCGAGUGGACACGCUGUACUAAGUAGAAGCCGAACUGUCGGUUUACACUUAUCGUGGUUGCGUGCACCAUGUAAUGCUGUGAUAUUCUUUCCUACCUAAGCUUAAUACGAAACUGUGGCCUUCUGAACUGCUCAACAAAGUCGAAUGCAAAAAAAAAAGGGGGAGCUUAGGACACUUCACAAAUGGGAAAGGUUUGGCGUUGGCCAUUAGCAAAGCAGCAGAUGAGAAACAAAAGCAGACAAGCAGUUUGCAUAAGCUUGAAGCAAUGCAACAAGCUAUAAUGACUAAAAAGAAAACGCAACUAAUGACGACGAUCUAGAUAUUUUGGACUAUAUAGGCCGCAUGCUGAAGCGUCGUCCACGUACCGCAGCAGCUUGUUUCAGCACGAUAAGCGGUUGCCCACCGCUACUUAGUCACCAACCAUGGCCGUGUUGAUAAAACUUUUCUCUAGAGGUACCGAACUGAGACGAUGCAAAGCACGAAGUCACGAAGAUGCAGUGGCACCGCACUUAGUGCUGACAUCAGCAAAACAGAUGACCAGCCACGUAUAGCCUUUCGUGCGCGAGCGAGCUCUUGGACGUAUUUAUUGGAGUUAAGACGAACCUAAUUCACGUGAGAUUCGUCGCAAGGCAACAAAUAUUUUCAGCCAAGUUUUCAAAAAGCUCACCGCUGGUGGGCAUAAUUAAAUGUGAGCCACACAACGAAGAAGCAGCGAAGAAUCGCUGUACAUUUUUUGCCCUCUACCCAACCCUGCUACAUGGUUAACUAGGCGCCUUGUUAUAUGCUACAAUAUACGUCAUAUAGCCUCUUUGUUCCACAUGGGCAAAUUGCCUGUUAUGCGCUUCUGUAUUCCACCACUGUAAGAGAAGAUUAACUUUCUUUUCUUUAUGAAAGGAAAGUGGGAUCCGCAUUUGCAAUUGCUCUUUCUUCUUGCCUUACGCAUUCUUGAAAAAGUGCUAAAUUUUGUGAUUGCUAUCUGCUUUUUAACAUGCUCGCACCAUAUAAGUGCAAGUUACACGCAGACACUUUUGAAACACGAAGUGUGCACUGAGACUCAUUUCUUUUCGGCAACAGCACGCCGCCUGCAACUGAGAGCUGCGCUAAGCGUAGCUCGCACACGUAUCAGCGUGUAUGUAGCCUUUGAUACUUAAUGAGCCAUAAGGCAAUUUUCGAGAAAAUUCAGCCUUCUCGAGGCUUUCGUACGCUGAAAGUUUGUGAUAUGCUGCAAGCUACAGCUCGCACAUCCUAUUCAAGUUGCAAAUGACAGUUAUUCACUACUGGCUUUUUCAAUUUUUAUGCUACUCUUAAUCGAAACUUACAAUUCCGCUUUAUGUGUUAAUCAGCAUGAAAUAUUUUCUUACCGCAGUCAAGCCUCCCCGACAAGCCUCCCAAACGUGAUUGAACGUUUGUCUCAUUAGCUCAAUUUUCGGAUCCCCCUCACGGGGGCUCGAUGAGCCUGUCGAUUUGCAUUAUAAUGUAGCGCAUCAGCGACGCUUCUUGCUUCUGGAGAGUUUAUUAAUUUAUGCUGUUCUUAUACCGCUGCUCGAAGGGCAAGCUGACUGCGGCGAUGUACGUACAUAUACCGACAGCCCAAAUUUUCCGCAGCAGCUGCAAAAAUGAGAUGCGAUGUGAUCGCCCCUAAAACUGCACCAAGUAUUUCCAGCCAGCUUACUUACCAGUGGCGCGGGAAGUGUGGAGCUAUGUUGAGAACUCUGACACGAUAAGGUAUAUUUUACAUAUUAAAUGCGCGCAGCCUAUAACGAGAGGCCAAAAGCGCGCAAAUGCAUGUCACAGAUUGUUUCGCGUGUUGCAAAAUGCGGAGUUCUCGAAAUUAAAACGGGUAAUUGAUUGCCAAUGCUAAACAUACUUGUGGCACUUUUUCUACAUUCUCUAUGUGUUCGCAGCUGCAUGCGCGCGGUGAACAAAAAAUGCGCACUCACAUUUCGUCCAACCAUCAACGGAAUUCCGAAGCGCGUCCACUGAACCUUCGUGAGGUCAAGAUAAGCACUUUAGCGCAACUGUUACCGAGUGCUUACCAUUGACAUAGGCGCACGCUCAUGUACAUACUGCCUGUUGCUUGGCCGCUCGGGAACGCCGCGCUUGACAAGGGGACAUGCCUUCUCGAGGCAUCUAGACUAAAUCACAUCCUCACGCCGCACUCUGUGCCUGCACCAUGUCACUUGUCCUAAAGCUUAACAAGGCGCCAACAGCUUAUAUUCAACCAGGACGCGUUUGUCAGACAAUACGCACACGCACACGCGUAUACGUCGUCAUUCUGAGUCCACAGACAACACUAUUGGGUUACGCAUGUGGUCUACUGUAUAAGUGGGCUCAACGAUGCAGAGAAAGGAUAAAUCCCACAAGUCGCGGUAUGGGAUAUAGAUUCUAGCGCGAUGGCAGGCCGCGCUGCUCUGCUCGAACCUCGGACAGACUUUCUCGCGCCUGUGGCUCUGGUGCUGAGUCAGUCAUGCCGGAUUAAACCUUUAUUGCCGUUUACGGCGCUUUGCCUUAAAAAAAGAAACAAAAAAGAAAGAAAAACAUCACCGAUUUUUCCGGGGGAGCAGUAGGGGACGUAAUAGAGGCCCGGCCUGCUCUCCUGGUGCCGUAUCUUCGUUCUUGGCAGGGUUUUCGUAAGCUGCUGUCCGUGACAUUAAAGGAGCAUUUUUGAGUGGUCCCCUUUGAGUGAAAUAAACGGACAGCAACCGCGGUUGAAUGCCACUGCCUGAUGUCAUACCAUGAGGAUUAUUGGCUUUCAUUGUCGCCCACGUUAGGUUAAGUUACCUUAGGUUAGGCUACGUUAGAGUAUAAGGCGUUCGCGGCGUAUUCUCACAGCGGUUACGCAGUGAGGAUUAUUGUCUGUUCGUCUCGGCCACGUUUGGUUAGGUUAACGUUAAGUUAGGUUAACAUUACGUUAGGUUAGCGUACGAGGCGUUAUGGCAGCGCGAUGUAUCCUCAUAGCCGUUGCAGGGCCGUCAAGCAUUACCGGUGGCCUUUCAGCCACUUGCGUUCAACCGCGUUUGCUAAGGCGCUCUGAGUUCUAGGUUUUCAAUAUAUGCGACCCGGCCUCUACUACCGUCCCCACUGCUCCCACGGAAACAUCUGUGAUGUUAUUUUUAACGUACAUCGCUGUAAGGCGCGAGAAAGCUGUGAUCCGGCCCGACUGACUUAGCACGAGCGCCGCAGGUGCGAGACAGUCUGUCUGACACAGCGAUCGCCAAAUGGGGCGUCAGUGCCCACUGCUUCCCCUAUUUCACCGCGCCGGCAGCCAGCGUGGGAGCGUAAACUCGACUCCCCUCCGUAAUGCCGGCACGCCUAGGGACAAACGCAUACAACACGCGCUAAGAAACCUCUUCCGUAGUGCCUAGGCAGAGUCAUAUAUUCAAGGAGCAAAAGCCCCAGCUUUUCUCUCUCGCACCCGCUCUGACUCGCGCCUGCGCACAAACGGCUGGCGAUCCCUCAAAUGAACGUUUAGUUCCAUCAUCUUGGUUCCUCUGUCUUGUUAGACCAUGUACAGUAACAGCCUUUGGACUGUUUACGUGGCCGCGCAAGAAGCGGCUACGGCUAGGCUACACGCAUACGCUCUACGAAGCUUUUAUUGACCCUUUUCGCGGCGAUCCCGUGGGCGCUGCCAUGUUUGAUCACGUGGUGACGCGUUCAUUGCUUGCCUCAACUGCCUCCGUUUACAGUCGGUGUGUAUGACGCCAGUGCAGCUUAGCAAACCUCUGUUUCGGGAGAUACCGUAGACGGUGACUCGGUGCAUGACACGAAGAAACGCGCAAAAGCGCUUUGGAAGCUGAUUAAGCUAUAUGCAAACAGCGCGAGCAGCGUACAUGGUACUUGUUUUAAAAGCGAGGCUAAAUAUGAAUUCCAAGCUAUUUAAACUUUCCGUUCAUGAACUGAAUCAGGAUUAGUGUGUUUUACAUUUCGUUCUUUAUUUGGCAAAUACUUUGAGGCAGCGUCUUGUCACUUUUUUGACUCGGUAAAUGUCCUCGGUGCGGUCACUGUUCGAUUAUUUUCUGCCUAAUCACUCGCGGGUAUGCUCAGUUCCGAUAGAUUUGUUCUUGGUGCGCGCAAGGCUUGAAACGUAGCCUUUUUGUACACUGCAAUACCUCGUAGUAAAGAUGUAUUAUCGCUAGAAACUCGCUUACUCUUCUGGGCCGUCACGAAACAUUCAGCUUCGACCAUUCGUCCGCUAUCGGUGCAAUCCGUCAUUUAUUGUGCGUGUGUGGCGCGCAUACAUUCCAGUGGGCGCCCAUUCCCUUAUUGACACGUUGGCGAUACAGUAGGCGUAAGAUUCCGUGCCAAUUGGGGUAGAUGUGUGCAGAUACUGCGCGCGAAACGUACUAUGACAGGAAGCGUCACUGCUCCCUUUGUCAUUGUUUAACGAGCGGUACUCACUCUUUCGGACGUUCCGGGGCUGAAGCACUUUCUUUGAAGGUUAACGGUACAACGCUGGCAGAUGAGCGAAUUUCCGUAUCCUCGAAGAAAGCCAUACUUCUUGAAGUGCCGGUAGUUGCAGCAACAUUCCGCGAACUUCGCUACACAGAUCCAUUCCAUUCCUUCAUGUGCCAGUCACUAUUUCCGCAGCCAACAACUGCACACGUCUUCAAUCCACAUGAUUCAAUCCGCAUGGUUGUAGCACAGUGCGUCAGCGAAAACUCAGUUGCAUUCUGACAGCUGAUCGCACAGAAGCAAGAUUGAAGCGGUAAUGGUUUCGUAUUCGUUCGCUGUCGCUGAGGCAACGUGCGGCGCGCCGCCGAAAGCGCCAUCUGUUUCUUUCUGGACAAAAUUGCUCCGCGAAAAGGGUCAAUAGAGCGUUCUGCAUCGCGAACGAAUGGUCAGUGUUAAAUGCUUUGGCGCCAUCUGGAAGACAAAAAGUGACUCAAUUUCGCUGCAACGGCCGGCGCCUUCCGUUAGGUCUAGCAAACUCUAAACAGACAAAUUAUGCGAAAAUAGCGCCACAUAAUCUCUAAUAGGUUGUCCGCGAAGGAAGACAAUAUCAAGCGAAAGCAAAUUUUUCUACUUUUUUUCUUGCGAACUCGGUGAAGAGUAAGUACAACGGACGAAUACGGAUCAAGUAUUGGUGCUGCGGGCGCUGCCAUGUUGUCGAGCUAUUGCCGGCGAGGAGUUACGGAGUCGCCAUCUAUCGGAAGCGCCUCGCUAGCGUAGUAUGAGUGAUAACGCGGCGAGCUCCUCAUAGGUUUUGCUGUCAGCGCUCACUGAAAACACCACGCGCGAGCUCUCCCGGACAUUUCUGUAAGUACUUCCGAAACGAGAGAAGUUUUUUACUGUCUAAAUAAUAAUCCGGGGCAAACUGAAAGCACACAAUCGUUUACAGACGCUAUCUCUUUACCGAAUACGUAGAGUGAACGCCACUGCGCGCGGUCGCCGCGAUGGAGUGUCCCGAACCGGCUUCUUGCGUGAAAGGUAGGCAAACGCUGAGAGCAAACUAUGUGAAAUAUGUUCUUAUAGUGUGUGUAUAAGUAAAUGUAGCGUAAUAGAAUGAAGCAUCAAUGCAGCGAUCACACAGAUUCGCAGCGACCGACUGCACGUCUGCAUGCUUGUCCGCGCAUUGUUUCGCUUUAGCCGCGUGCGCGUUUUCGCACCGUGCCAUGAGCUUUAGGCCGCAGAAUAUGAGCAUUUGACAGUAUACAAGCAACCAUUGUUGCGUGGGCGCUAUCAGAGCUGUUCAAAAAUAAUUUCAUUGUAGGGACUUCGACGCCUACGGGGACUGUGAUGUGCCAUCGUGACGAUUCAAUCUUUUUUUUUCUUCUAAAUUCUUUGACCUUUCAAUAUUAUUUCUCGAGUUGCGUCGCACUGUAUGUUUAUCGGUGUUUUCAGCGUGCGAUUUUCCGCUGCUCCUUUUUCGUAAUCUAGUGCAUUAAUUCAUAACACAAAGAUGACCAUAUGCCAUGCUUUUUUUUUAA